AUGAAUGGCAAUCUAAAACGGCCAAAAGAGGCCACGGAAGGACUAACCACUGCCCCCUCCACGUUCUUCACAGUUAAAAAAUGCUCUGCUGAUAAUUCUAAAUCUUCCAGCAGAAAUCCUUUUCUUUUCGAGCGCUGCUAUACCAUGCCGGUAAAAUCAGUUGAAGUAUCCAAUCACGGUUCUAUACCAUCAGCUGAUCGUGCUUAA